CACACCCCAGAACGUCUUCCACCAUGAGCUACUCUCUGGAAACUAUAGGCAGCCCUUCUUAUAGGAGGAUGGCCGAGACUAGGACCAGUUAUAGCCGGACCAGUAGUUCCCCAUCCAGCGGGUUUCGAUCCCAGAGCUGGUCCAGGAGCAGUCCUAGCACCAUCACCUCCUACAAGAGGAGCAACCUUGCUGUCCCCAGAGGGUUCAGCUCCGGCGACAGCUUAGACUUCAGUCAAUCGUCUGGUUUCAAUGGAGACCUCAAGCAUGUGCGUUCCAGCGAGAAGGAGCAGCUCCAGGGGCUCAAUGACCGCUUCGUGGGCUACAUUGAGAAAGUGCAUUACCUGGAGCAGCAGAACAAGGAGAUGGAAGCCGAGAUCCAGGCCUUGAGGCAGAAGCAGAGCGGACACAGCCAGCUGGGUGAGAUCUAUGAGCAGGAGAUGAGGGAGCUACGUUCCAAUUUGGAACUUAUCAGCCACGAAAAGGUUCAGAUCCUGCUGGAUUCUGAACACUUGGAAGAAGAUCUCCAGAGGCUGAAAGACCGCUGUGAGGAAGAAAAUCGGAUCAGGGAUGAAACUGAAGCAAUCAUUAGAGUUAUGAAGAAGGACAUAGAUGACUCGUCCUUGACACGGGUGGAAUUGGACAAGAAAGUACAGUCCCUGCAAGAAGAGGUGGCCUUCCUCAAGAACAACCACGAUGAAGAGGUGAACGAACUGCUGGCCCAAAUCCAAGCCUCUCACAUCACGGUGGAGAAGAAAGACUUCCAGAAGACAGACCUGGCCUCUGCCCUGAGGGAAAUCCGCUCCCAGCUAGAGGGCCACUCCAAUAACAACAUGAUCCAGACAGAAGAAGUCUUUAAGUGCAGGUAUGCCAAGCUCACAGAGGCAGCCGAGCAGAACAAGGAUGCCAUCAGGUCGGCCAAAGAUGAGAUUGCAGAAUAUAGGAAGCAGCUGCACAGCAAGAGUGUAGAGCUGGAGACUGUCAGGGGUACCAAGGAGUCUCUAGAGAGACAGCUAAAUGACAUAGAGGAGCGACACAGCCAUGACCUGACCAGCUACCAGGAAACCAUACAGCAACUGGACAAUGAGCUGAGAUCAACAAAGUGGGAGAUGUCUCGCCAUCUGAGAGAAUACCAGGAUUUACUCAAUGUCAAGAUGGCUCUGGAUAUCGAGAUUGCUGCUUACAGGAAAUUAUUGGAAGGUGAAGAAACCAGAUUCUCCACAUUUUCUGGCAUCCACACAACACCCUCCGUUUCUCACAGGCAGGCUCCCAUUACUAUAACCUCUAGUCGGGUGCAACAUUCCAGAUCAGAGCCCCCAAGGGUUAAAGUGCAACACAAGUUUGUGGAGGAGAUUAUCGAGGAGACAAAAGUAGAAGAUGAAAGGUUAGAUAUGGAAGCAGCACUAGCUGCAAUGGCAGAGGAUUUAGCAUCAGGCUUUGUUGAGGAAGAGCAAGAAACUCAGAAAGAAGAAGAGGAUGAGGAGCAACUAGAAGAUCAAGAAAUGGUGGAAGAAGAAAUUGUAGCAGCUGUAGAAUCUACUGUACAGGCAGCAGCACCUCAAGAGGAGGAGGAGGAGGAGGGCGGUGAAGAGGAGGAAGAGAAAGCAGAGGGAGAAGUAGAGGCAGAAGAAGAGGGGGAGAAAGAAGAGGGUGAUGAGGGAGAGAAAGCAGAGGAGGAGGCAGAAGAAGAGGGUGAUAAAGAGGAGGAAGAAGAAGAAGAAGUAAAAGCAGAGGAGGAGGAAGUAAAAGCAGAGGAGGAGGAAGUAAAAACAGGGGAGGAAGAGGAGGAAGAGAAAGAUGAAGGUGAGGAAGGGGUAGAGGAAGCAGGAGAAGAUGAAGAAACAAAAGAAGAGGCUGUAGAAGGAGGAGAGGAAGAAGUAGAGGCAGAGAGUGAGGAAGGGGAGGGAGAUAAGGCAGAGGAAGCAAACGAAGCAGGAGAGGAGAAAGAGGAAGGUGAUGAAGGAGAGACAGGGGAAGAAGUUGUAGAGGAAGAACAAGAGGAAGAAAAGGGAGAAGCUGAGGGAGAGGCAGAAGGGGGUGAUGAUGCAGCUACUGAGGAUGCACAAGAAGAUGAAGUAGUAGAGGAACCUAUAGUGGAAACCAAGAUAGUGAGAGUGAAAUCUACAGUAGAGGAGAGAGUAGUUGAGGAACAAAAAGAGGAGACGGUAGCUGAGGAGACGGAAGAGGAGAAGGAAGAAGGAGGAGAGGUAGAUACAGAAAAGGCAGAAGAAGCAGAAGGAGAAGCUGAAGGAGAGACAGAGGAGAGUAAAGAAAAGGAGGAAGAACAGAAGGGAGAGGCAGAUGAAGAGGGAGAGAAGGAAGAAGCAGAGGAAGAUGCUACCAAAGAGGAGGAACAUGUGGAUGACAAAGAAGAAGCAACACCUGAGGAAAAAGAUUCCCCAAAGGAAAAGAGUGUGAAGGAGAUCAUUUCUACCUUCAAAGCAGCCUCUGUAGGAUCUCAAAAAGAUGAAGCUAAAGAAGCAGAGGAUGAGAAAGACAGCAGCCCAAGGGAAGAGGGAAAGGAAGAUACAGCAGUGAAUGGAGAUGUGGUGGAAGAAGAGGAGGAGAAGGAAGAGAGUGAGGACAAAGGUGUGGUUACCAAUGGUCUGGACGAAAGCCCAUCAGAGGACAAGGAAAGUGGCAAAAGCCAGACUGUUGUCAUCACCAAGAAGAUUGAGACCACAACCAGUGAAGGCGAGGAUGGAACAAAGUACGUCACAAAGUCAGUUACAGUCACCCAGAAAGUAGAAGAACACGAGGAGACCGUCCAAGAGAAACUGGUGUCUACCAAGAAAGUGGAGAAAGUAACAUCACAUGCAGUGGUCAAGGAGGUCGCUGAAGAGAAGUGAAACAAGAGCCGCAGCAAGCAGCAGGACUGAAUAAGCCAUAAGAUAAACUGCAUGUAAAGUGUCAGCUUCUAAUGGGCUUCUAGCAGAAGGGGUUCUCUCGUGGGGUGGGGGCUCCAGACACUGUACUAUUACUUUCCGUGCAAUACUUUGGGGGAGGGGAAUGCAUGCAAGCUCCAGAUGUGCCCCUCCCACACAACUUUGGGAAGUCACACAACACAAUUGCAUGACAUGUAUAAGGAAGAUAAUGUUGGGGAGUUUCCUGAGUUGUAGUGGGUAAGGUUUAUUGUGCUGCGGGCACUAGAUUCCCAUAGAUUGUGAGCUGAAUUAUGCAAAGAACCAACUGAGCCAAAAACGGGGGAGGGUGUCCAUGAAACAGAAGUUUUCUCGCCUUAAAAAUAACAAAAUAAACCUGUCCUUAUGUUUACCUCACUGGUGCAAUUAAUAGACUGCAGGUCAUGGGAGAACCUGGGUGUGUUUAAAAGCAACCUGCUGUCGAUUUAUGUAAAAGUGAUCCUUGCUCAAUAAAAAGGUCAUAUUGAAAAUA